AUUGGCCGGACGCGGUACCGCCCCCCGGUUGGGAGGUGGUGGCUGCGGCGGCAGCAUGGCGGCGGCAGCGGCAGAGGAGGAAGCGGAGGCGCUGGGGCUCUUCACCGCCAUCGGCCUCAGCGAGGGCAAAGCGCGCGAGACGCUGCGCAAUGGGGCGCUCAGCGCGCUGCUCCGCCAGGCCGUGCUGCAGGCGCAGCGCGCGCUGGGCCCUGCCCUCGACAAGGCCACCGGCACCCUGCUCUACAACGCGGCCUCCCGGCUCAAGGACCAGCGGCACCUCAGCUUCCUCGUCGGCUACAUCGCCCGCAAGCAGAUCCUCACUGACCUGCAGCUCGGCGCCGCCCUGGACUACCUGAAGAGCCACCCCCUGGAGCCCCUCGACGCAGCAGACUUCGAGCAGGCGUGCGGCGUGGGCGUGUGCGUCACCCCCGAGCAGAUCGAGGAGGCGGUGGAGGCCGUGAUCAGCAAGCACAGAGCGGAGCUGUUGGCAGAGCGCUACCACUUCAACAUGGGGCUGCUGAUGGGGGAGGCAAGGAGCCAGCUCCGGUGGGCGGACGGCAAGACCAUCAAGAACGAAGUGGACCUGCAGGUGCUGCAUUUGCUGGGCCCCAAGACAGAAGCUGACCUGGAAAAGAAACCAAAGACUGCAAAGGCCCGGCCGGUCCAGGCGGAGAAGCAGAAGGUGGCCGUGGUGGAGAACGGCGAGGCGGGCACGGAGACACGGUCGCUGCUGGAGCAGCUCCGGGGAGAAGCCCUCAAAUUCCACAAGCCAGGAGAGAACUACAAGACAGAGGGCUACGUGGUGACGCCCAACACCAUGGCUCUUCUGAAGCAGCACCUGGCAAUCACAGGCGGGCAGGUGCGGACACGGUUCCCACCCGAGCCCAACGGGAUCCUGCACAUCGGCCACGCCAAGGCCAUCAACUUCAACUUCGGCUAUGCCAAGGCCAACAGUGGCGUGUGCUUCCUGCGCUAUGACGACACCAACCCCGAGAAGGAGGAGGAGAAGUACUUCACGGCCAUCCGGGACAUGGUGGAGUGGCUUGGCUACCAGCCCUAUGCCGUGACCCACGCAUCAGAUUACUUUGACCAGCUCUACACCUGGGCCCUGGAGCUCAUCCGCAGGGGCCAGGCCUAUGUCUGCCAUCAGAAGGUGGAGGAGAUCAAGGGCCACAACCCACCACCCUCGCCGUGGCGGGACCGGCCCGUGGAGGAGUCGCUUCUGCUCUUCGAGGACAUGCGGAAGGGGAAGUUUGGGGAGGGGGAGGCCACGCUGCGGAUGAAGCUGGUGAUGGAGGAUGGGAAGAUGGACCCCGUUGCCUACCGCGUCAAGUUCACUCCACACCACCGCACUGGGGACAAGUGGUGCAUCUACCCCACGUACGACUACACGCACUGCCUGUGCGACUCCAUCGAACACAUCACGCACUCUCUCUGCACCAAGGAAUUCCAGGCCAGACGGUCCUCCUACUUCUGGCUUUGCAACGCGCUGGACGUCUACUGCCCCGUGCAGUGGGAGUACGGGCGCCUGAACCUCCUCUACACUGUCGUCUCCAAGAGGAAGAUUAUCCGGCUGGUGGAGACGGGCGCCGUCAGGGACUGGGAUGACCCGCGGCUCUUCACGCUGACAGCCCUGCGCCGGCGAGGCUUCCCCCCUGAGGCCAUCAACAACUUCUGCGCCCGGGUCGGUGUGACGGUGGCCCAGGCGACGAUGGAGCCGCAUCUGCUGGAGGCCUGCGUGCGGGAGGUGCUGAAUGAACAGGCCCCCCGCGCCAUGGCCGUCCUGGAGCCCCUCAAGGUCACCAUCACCAACUUCCCUGCCCCGAAGGCUUUCGACGUCCUUGUGCCCAACUUCCCAGCUGACGAGAGCAGGGGCUUCCACAAAGUGCCCUUCCACCCCACCGUCUACAUCGAGGAGACAGACUUCAGGGAGGAGAUGGACAAGGGCUACAAGCGCCUGGCCCCUGGGCAGCCAGUGGGGCUGCGACACGCUGGCUACGUCAUUGCCGUCCAGAAUGUCAUCAAGAACGCCAGCGGGCGCGUGAUUGAGCUGGAGGUGACCUGCACCAAGUCGGACGUGGCAGACAAGCCCAAGGCCUUCAUCCACUGGGUGUCGGAGCCGCUGGUGUGUGAAGUGCGGCUCUACGAGCGGCUGUUCUUGCACAAAAAUCCCGAGGACCCAGCAGAGGUCCCAGGUGGAUUUCUGAGUGACGUCAAUCCUGACUCGCUGCGCGUGGUCGACAGCGCCCUGGUCGACAGAUCCGUGUUGUCCGCCCAACCCUUCGCCAAGUUCCAGUUCGAGCGGCUGGGCUACUUCUCCGUGGAUCCCGACAGCACCGAGAGGAAGCUGGUGUUCAACCGGACCGUGACGCUGAAGGAGGACCCUGGGAAGGCCUGAGGACCCCGCAGCCGCUGCCUCUGCUGCUUGCGGCUCCCUUGCGGUCCCUGGCUGUGGGGAUGCGCCCCAGCGUGGUGCUCCCCCGCAGAGCUGGGCAGGGCCCCGGCCACGCACGCUGCAAGAGCCACAGCUGCCUUAGCACAGCCCCGCAGGGCUGUGCAGCAUAUGGGACAGCAUCACCUCAAUAAAGUGGAGCAUCAGA